CGAGCUUUAUGAUCCUUUGAGAUCUGAGAUACGCUCGCGAUUAAUUGCCGGUGUACCGCGAUUCGAGACGUAUCAUUGUUCCCGAGUAAUUGUCUUCUUAAUGGAGAACGAUUUUGAGGCCGUGCAAACUUUCUCGGCCGACAGCCGUAAAAGUCGAUCUGUCGACGGUUAAAUAAAUUUGGGUUUCUUGGACAACCUCUAGAGACGAUGUAAUUCGUGUCAAGCGAUCUGACCACCGCGGAUCGUGCGGUUUCCACCGGAUUGCGAGAAUGCUGUAGAUAAUUACAUGAAAAUCGUACAAUUUUCUGCGGUUCGCUGUACGACGGUUCACGGUGAUCAUACACAAGUCCGAGUGCUACACACGGAAGUCUUGCUUCAAGGUCGAUAAAUCCUCACCUUCUCGGUACACGCGACCUCGUGAAAUACGCGAUGACGUUGUUUCCGCAAACUGGGGACUCCUUUAGGUCCCACUGUCGCGUGUCGUGUACCGAGCCAAGUUCUUAUUUCGGAAUUCAAAGCAAUUAGCAGUUCUCAGGCAUUAGAUAAUUUACUCUGUGAGGCAUUAAAAUGUUAUCGCUUGAAUGCUCUAAUGGACUAUAAAUCCUCGAGCGAGUUAGGAGCAGAAUUCCAUCGAUGGAAGAUACAUUUCCGAAUUAUAUAUAAUACGUAUGUGUGUUUGAAUGAUGGACAGGGUGUUCGAUAAAAUUUCAACUGGAAUCCACGGCUGUCGGUCGGAUAAUGAGAUUUCCUCGUACCACAAACUAGCGAGGCUGGAACGACGUCAGCCAGCUUCACCGAGUCGACGCGCACGUACACAAGGGCGACGUCGCGACGACGCGGCGACGUCUCCUGCACACUGAUUAGAUUCCGCUCGAGAAUUCGCCUCGCCCUGUCGAUACUUUGCAUAGAAAUUGCCUCGACCCAAUUCACGAACCGACCAGAAGCCUCCCCGAGACGAUCGCCAGGGAACUCUUCAACCCUAAUUCCCCCGUCCAUGCAAAUUCGUCCAUUAUUGUUGAACUGCCAAGUACCUGGAGUGAUUGAAUUUCUAAAAGUAAAAACAUAAAAAGGCUUGCGUCCGGAAGUGUCCUCAUAAUUCUGGUUUCGACCGGCGAGUGUUUCAAAUUGCAAUUAGUGGAUGGUUCCACGUUCCCAUCCUCUGAAAAUAAUUCAAUCGUCCCAGAUAAAAUUGUCACCGGGUUUUACCAAACGAGAGCGCGAAGUGGAAAUCGGCUGGCAACGUUCCCUGGACGAAAUCACGGGCGAUUUUUGUUCCCCGGUUGCAUAUUCGAGACGGAUCGCGUUUGCAUCUCGCUCGCGUGGAAAACUUUCACCGAUGCGCAUUGUCUCCAUCGUUAUGCUCGCUCGCACGUGUCCGCCGCUAGACGCGUUGCUUUCAUUUCUUCGCCGAUGACAGUCCCAUUCAGAUCGCCGCGGCCGAUUUCUUCUUCCGCCACGGCGUAGCUCGGAACGUUCCGACGUCCGCGGCAAUUAUCGUUUCAAGCUUCGUCACUCGCGUUCAGUAAACGAGCGCGGAUUAUCGGCAAUUUCGUACUUCGAAUUUCUAGACCGAGAAACGGGCAAGUCUCUCACGCGUAAACGAUUUGCAAGAGAAUGGCUAACGCCCCCGGGGGCCCCGCUCGCUCGUCGCUGUCGUCUCCGAAAUUGCAUUGUUGCACGCGAACAAAGACACUCGGCUUCGUAAACGAUCCUUCGUCGCCUCGUUUUCAAACAUCUUCGAAAUCUCAUACGACCAAAGUUCUAUCCUUAUCCUGGAUUUCACACGACCGACGGAACCUCCCACUGAAUCAGACACGCCGACCAUACAUUUCUGACUAUGUUUCUAACGAGUUACGAACGCGAAGAUUAUGCCGAACCCAUCGGCGCUGGGAACUCGGAACGGCGAAUUUAUAGGCGGUAAAUCAUUGGACAGGAAGAAAUACAGUAUUUUGUCGUUUUAACUAUACAUUAUUCGAGGUCAACGGGUCGGCGAUACAAAAACGGAGAAGUAUCUAUUGGCAUCGAGGCACAAUACACCUCGCGGGCCGUGUUUCUAUUGAAACGAUAAUAUCCCGGUCGAUUAAAUUUUAUCGAGAUCCUCGAUUAAAGACUGCAAACGCGGAGGAUGGCUCGUAGCAGUUUCGGAGUGGUCGCGGCCAGUGAAAGGGCGGCUUCGAGGUCUCGAUUAUCCGGGGUUCUAUUCAGGGCAAACUAAAGAAUAAAGCACUUGACCGUCCGGUUUCCAAUCGCAAUCUUCCCGAGGCACUUCCCCAGAUAAAACGGCGAGCUCGACGAUAUUACAUCUACACAGUUAAAAGCAAACAUUCAAACGAAGCACUUAUGGUAUUGGUUCGAGCAAAGAGGAAAUGACGAAAUUGCCAAAAUCACUGACACAAACGUAGGUCUGUUCAACCUUCCACUUGUCAAGGUUCCCUCGAGCUUUUGGAACAAGGCCGCGAUUCUAACGACGAUUGUAUCAACGUUCUGUGAAGCUAGUGCGGACCGAGCGUCAAAGAACAAUAGACCGACCGGCUUCCUUCUGCUGUUUUCUUCCGCGCUUCCUCUUCCCAUUCAACGCGACACACGUGCUAUUACGAAACUGCGUGUCCCGCGAACCGACACUUUCAUCCUCUACUCUCCAUUUUUCGAUCUCGUGGCUCUUCAAAUUACACCGUUGCGCAAUAGUAAGUAAUUUUAGGAAACGAGUCAUCUUCGAGAUUAAUUGUCCUGUCGGUUGAACGGACUGUGACAAUCGCCUUGCGGCGGGGACAACGAAACGUUCGUGAAAUUGGCAACACGUGCAGCAGUAACAUGGAAUAAAGGGGGGAAAAAUGUCGGAGUGCGUUCGUAUCUCGGUCGAGGAUCGAGGCUUAAGCUCGCGAAUAUAUCGAGGCGCGCGGACAGUUCCCGCGGCCGGGGACGAGAUAAAUCGAGGGAUUCGAAGCCGGGGAGAAGACAGCGCGGAGCGGUGCCAGGCCCCGGUGGAAUGAACGGCGAUUUUACAGCCGAACGUUUCGGGGAGAAAUGUUUACUGGGCCAACGCGGGUUUACAGAACGGAACGGAGGAGCGGAACGUUCUCUCGUUUCCCACUUUUUUAAUUGGCCCCGAGAUGAUAAAUCCGAGCGCGGUCACGUUAAUUGCGUCUCGCGGUCCACGGCCGCGUCGGUUCCUCCGAGAAUUCGUCACCGGCAGAUUUCGUUAAUUGCGUGUCGAAAUGCUCCCGGUAAAUAACGGAAGCUGCGCGGACCUCCUUCUCGGGGGAUGAAUGAACCUCUUAAACUCGAUUCCAUUUAUCUCUUAUUAAAUACGGUGCAGCGUUCUUCAGCGACCAUCGAUUCGUUUGCGACGCUGCUGGAGGAAACGAAUCUUUCCCCGUGGCAGACGCAACGGAAUUAGUAUCCCCGCUGGGAAACGUUGCCCGUCUCGUAUUUUAUUACGAUUCCGGCGCGUUCUCUAGCGGCCGGGUAGGACGGCGGGCGGCGAGAGAAGCGGGGCCAGAAAAUGCCGCUAGAAAAUGUGUAUUGCGACCCAGUGACACGACAAAGAUCCCGGCAACCGUUAUCGCGUGCUGCCGCCGCUUUUUCUCCGCGUCUUCUGCGACACGUUUCAGGAAUGCGUGGACGUUAUCGAUGCUGGAUAGUGGUUCUCGAUCCUCUCCCGGCUCCCUGUAACGUAUGGCCUCUCGGCAUGCUAGCCCCCGGGAAAUUGCUUCCUCUCACAGCGCCCGGACUCUCCUCGGUCGCCUGGAAAAUACCCAGACGUUCACUCGACCGCGAGUGUCCGCCCGUUAUUAAAUAAUUGCAAUCUAGAAAUUGAUUGUGAAACAUAAAUUUAUAUCUCCGAUCGAUGAUUAAGAGGAGAGAGCCUGCAACGGGUCCAGUCAUUUCCCUAGCGCGUUUCAGCAUCUUCCUAUCUACUGUUCCUUACCUAACAAUGUUACGCCGUCUCCUUAUAACGUCACUAACGUAACUGUCAUUGAGUAACGCGCAUAAUUGACUGUCUAGUCGCGGAAUAAUAAUAAUGACGGAGAUUGGUUGCUGUCGGUGACACCGUUUUACGGAGUUUAUUGGUUUACAGAAGUGUUACGAGAACGACAGGAGAGAAAUCUGAAUGUUCACCGAUCCGUUUGUCUUUCUCCUGUCACGCUUGCACUGCUUAUUAUUCCACGCUAUUGUAACGCUUGUUACUUUUGUCUGGUGUGAAAUAUGCAUUAUGUGCAUACGUUUCUACUUUUGCGAGCGUGUGCCCGUUAUCGGACGAUCGUUAGAAAGGACAACAGGAUAAGGAAGUGAAUAUUACAGAAUAUUAAAUUGAACAGUUUUAGCUGUUUGACAAGAAGCCUUUCUUAAAGCCAGAAGGUGGAAACGGUCGAACGGCGGAAGAGAGCGAAGCAAGGGAAGGCGAGCGUAAGAGGACUCUCGAUCGCUAUCGGGCUCAAUUACCCGAGAUGCAUCGAGCUGAGCAAAUAAAUUCAAUUGACCGUCGAGCCGUUGUCUCUCGGCCGUGGACCAAGUGACCCAGUUGCGUCGACGGGGAGACGAAAACGCGAGCACAAAGGGGAACGUGGAGUCGUCGCGAAGGGAAAGGGAGGCGUAAGAAUCAUGCGUGACCACCAGCACCGGUUCCGUAAAGGUAAAGGGAGCCACUCGACUGGCUUUCGGCCAAUAAACCGGCGUGGAAAUCCCUCUUUAGUCGGUCGUAAACCUGGCAUCGGUACGCUCGCGUCAAUUAGGGGCGCACACACGCCACGGGAAUUCGGCACGAAAGGACCAAACGAAAUUGUGCCUCGUGCCAGUUUCCUUUCGACGAUCAAGGUCGCCUUCUUGAAAUAUUCAGUGGAAAAAGUUGUACGAUUGCACUCGGUUUCUCCCAGAACGAAUAUCGAUCCUAAUUCCUGAUACAGUUUUAUCGGCGAUACGAGUACACGUCGAGCGUUUCCCAAUAACCAUCGUCUUAAUUAAUUCUUUUGUACGGUAUCAGAAAUAUAUAGAUCUAUACGUAUAGUCGGGGAACCCGGCUACUCGAAAGCCCUUGGCACUUUGUCAGUCUGGUGGCUCGAGGAAGCUUCCCGCGGCUCUCAUCGUGCAUCUCGUAUCGUCGUGGCAACACACGCGCAAUUAGCAGGCCCUUACGCGAGCCCCGAACCGGGUCGGAGUCUAAUUAAAAUUUCAUCUAACACGCAACGUCGCGAACGAGCCCAUAAGAACCGAGCAGAAGGCCUACCGCCGUUAAAUUAUUUCUUUUUUCCGCUGGAAUUAUGUACUUCGGGACCACCUCGAACACGCGUGUCCCGCAGGAUGCAACAACCAAGCGGUCCUCCUUUCGUCUUAUUUGCUCUUAUAACGAGCCGCGAUUAACAAGGCCGGACUAAGCCGGCAAUUUCGAGCAUUCCUGUAGGUAGAUGGGACUUCAAAUCCGGAUAUACUACGCGUAUAGAAAAACUGUGAAAAAGAAGAAGUGAAGCAGCUUUUUAUGAACGUCGCGUUAUAAUUUUCGGUGACGUUUACUUUACGACACAGUCUACUACGUAUAUUCCUUCUUCAAAGCGUAUAAGAUUCAUAUAACACGUUUUCCCAGCACGUCUUCUAACUAAGCUGUAUAAUAUACGAUAAUACGUUGUGUUACUCAGCUUGAGACAAUUUGAUUUCCUAGUGUAGACGCAGCUUAAGUGAUUCGAUCCCGAGGCACGAUGAAUUCCGGUUCGGGGUAAUCGGGGCCCAGUGCGUGCAUCACGCGGGUUCCGGGCGCAUUCGAAAUGAGCCCGGCCGGUCCCCCGCAGAGGGACUUUCCUCUCUAUGUAUUUUAAGCGUAUGCAAAAGCGAAGAUUGCCUCUCCGCGCGAUUUAUGUUCUAACAUUAAGGCCGGAUUUCGCGUGAUACAAUUACCACGCGACGGGACCGAGUACGAUAGUAAGUAUAUGCGCCGAGAAUUAAGGUCGCACCGGAGAUCGAUCUUGGAAUGCGCGCGUGCCUUUGUGUCGGGAGAUCGUCGCUGGGAAUCGACUCGGAUGACAUAGGACGGGGUAGAUAGAACCGUUGCAUUCGUGUCAAAGGGGUAUUUCGGUGUUAGCAAGGUCCGUGGGGGACUGUUAUUUCCCUGGCACCGGUCCUGGAUCGUUCCUGGAAUUCGUCCUUUCCUGAAACUGCCUACGUGACGAGACGCGUUGGAACGUAGCAUUUUCCUGAAACUGCUUUAUGCGCCUCGUUUUAGGAAAAAUGAGUCACUCGAACGUCGAAUCCAAUUUAAUCCCCGUGAAUCUUCGAGAGGACGCGUAAUUGCACGCGAUACAUGAAAAAGGCGCGUCGCGUGAUCGUCCGUUCGACGCUCGAGAGGAUUACAGUUCUCUAAUCCGACAGGCACGGAUCGAGUCGGUGUAAUUUCGCGGAGGGACAUCGCGUUGCUCGUGUGACCCUCUCGGCGGAUUUUCGGCGUCGCCGAUUGCGUGUGGUCGCACGGGCGGAAAAAAAAGAAAGCGAUCGCUGAGGAGAAAUUCCUUUUUCAACCGAGUCCUGUCAGGCCCCUGGUGCUGUCCGACUGGAAACAAUGGAAUCGGCAACGGCCGCGAUGCACUUGCGCGACGCAAGUGUACCGUGAAAAGAAAAUGCAUCUCGGCCAGCCGUGUUUUCGAUUCUCCUCCAGAUUUUACAACCUCGCUUCUUUUCAUUAACCGGAGAAACGCAUAGGUGAAAAUACAAAACUAGAGUGGAGAUCUUUUUUUUUUUAAUAUGGAAUAGAGUAAUGAGAGAAUUUUCAGUGUGUCGAUACAAACCGUUACUUUCGUGUCACCGUGACAAAUAAGAGAAGUCAUGCGGACGGGCGGGGCGCGGAACACGUCGUAAGCUUUUAAACGUGAAUAUUGAUAAUUCGAGUCGCAACAGGUUUCUAUUACGGUCAGAUAAUAAUAGGAGAUUACAAGUGAAACUGUGGUGGGGAACGGCUCGGCGGCGGCGGCGGCGUGGCUCGGUGACGCGACGCGGAACAGAGAGCGAAGAAGCACGGAAAAGGGGUUAAUUAAUCGUGUCAAUUACCCAUUUACCACCUGAAGGAAAAAAUCUCGGUUUCAUUAGACGUUUACCAGUGGCAUUUCCACUCUGAAUCGCCGUACUUUUAUACGCCACGCGAGCUUCCUAUAACGCGUCUCUCUCGCUCCGUCCGGGUAUCUAGCUCAUCGCCGUAUAUCUCGGGCUCACGCGCUUGCAAUUAGUGGACGCGUUUAAUACAAAGGCAGCGGGUUUAAUUAACGCGAUUUUCACCGGGUCGCCGAGUUAUCGCCGGGCUGGCAAAAGCCGCGGAUAAAAUCAAAACCCGCGACGAGAAAUCUAUAAACUGCGAUGACGGAAACUAAGCGGUAACGAGCUAACGAGUGGUUCGUUAUACCUCGACGGGACGCGGUCUUUGUUCAACGACUUUACCGUUUUAUCUCGUUAACCCCCCCGUGACAGUGUAAUUAUCAACAGGUUAAAAACGAUCGGAUCGCUUUGAAUAUUCUCGUCUGGCGGAUGUUAAUCCUUCUCAGCUAAUUGAUAGAGACUGGAUAUCGAAACGAAAGAGUUUCGCCUGUGCCAAAUGACCGGCGAGCAGCGUUCGCUAACAACGCGUGCAUAUGUAGAUGACUAUUAUUUUUGCGACGCAGAGUGCGCGCUAGUUACGAGCCGGGAAAGGAAAUGCGAGAGUUUGUGUGCUCGAUACUUGGUGCAUUACCCGCUCGCGAGCAUCCUUAACGCCACGCCACGUCCGGUGCACUGUUCAUUCUGGUAUUCCUUCGCUUGUCAACCAUUCAUUUUAAUUUGGUUCAACGUCACUCGUUUUACAUUUUCUCCCGACUCCUACAUAAACCGCGGUGCUCGCUCGGCCGGAGUAAUUAAGUUGCUCGGGCAAUUUCGUGGAAAGUAAAUAUUCAAACGCUGUUAUCUCGCAGCCACAGCUGUGAUUCUCCCGUUUAAAGGAACGAGCAAAGGAAAGAUCGCGCAUUUCGUCGCGCGGACUGUUGAACUUUGAUUCUAUUUUGGAUAAAACGAAUUAUCGACGGAUCUACGGAGGGAUUAAUUAAACGGGAACGUGAUUGCGUAGGAAAUUUUUGUUGCCGGUUGGCGGAAGACGCGGUACUCGUUAGGCCUAGGAACUAGAGCGAAAACUUCAAAAACCGGUGAGAGUGGCGUCGAGAGGCACGACCAGUAAUACGAUUUGUCUACGACCGUGGCGAUAAUAUUUCAACUCGGAAACCGUCAUGCAGGAAUCAGCCGGUGCACAACGCGAAUAUUAAUGAUACGCGUCGCGGACAGGCUCGCAAUUUCGCGCGCGUGCCGACCGUUUCCCGAUCCUCCUCUCUUCCGUCCUCUUAUUCAGGUUUAGCGCGAUCGCUUUCGAACUCUUCGUGUGCCUCUUUCGAUUUCACGAUGCGGGAUACAAGAGAUAAUGAUUGUCGUUUAAGCGAAGUGUAUAAGAGACUAGCUUUUAUAUAGCCAAGCUCGUUUGCAAUUGAUUAAUGGAAAUAAAAUGACACUUCGAGUCAAAAGAGAAAAUGUUGCUUAACCUGCAUCUUCCGAUGCCAACAAUUUUCAUUUCCAACGAUCAAACGUGUUUAACAACAAACACUCGUUGUGACGCAAUCAGUUUUUAAAGUGUCCAUGUGGAUAAUUUAUGGUUCUGCCGAAUGGGAUUUAUCAGAGGAAAUUCCGAGGCGAUGUCCACAGAGGGAGGAGACGCAAGGACUAGACCGGACGCGGUAGCCACCGAGAGAGGAGGCCGUCGGCCUCGACUGUUCUCCAAGAGGUCGACCCACUUCGCCCAAAGCAAAGACGAGAGGGACCGUACUGGUAGCCAGUUACGGAUCAGGAUGCGGUGGAUCGGUUACGUGGCCACAAUCCUCUGGUGGUCGGGCAUCGCCAGGUCCCUCAGCACGCUGAAUCGAGGUCACAGUUAUAAAAUCACCCCGAAACCGUGCCGGGUUCCCGGACCGGAGUCGAAAGAGGGUACGUGCAUGUUCGUGUGGGAGUGCAUCAAGUCGGAGGGCACCCACGUGGGCGUGUGCGUGGACACGUUCAUGUUCGGCAGCUGCUGCGUGCACAACGCGACGACGAACUCGAUCGGGCAGCACGCAGCCGGUUCCUCGUCGUCGGGUCCGUCGAGGCCGACGUUGGCCGAGGCGUUGGGCAGCGAGUCAACCAGGCCUACGCUCACCUCUCUCUCCAGCUUCCUCGUCACGGACACGAGCACCUCCAGGCCGAGUCACCACCAUCCAUCCGAGACGCUGCAGUCUUCCGGUGGGUCCAGCAGACCGCACAAACCGCUGUCGGCCGGUUCCGCUAGGCCGUUGCAAAAAAGACCGCACGCGAAACCCGCGCCCGAUCACAACGACAGGGUGCAAUCCGCGUCCUCGUUGAAUUUCUGGGAGAAGGGCGCCCAGACCACGAAGAGGCCGACGUCCCAUCUAGGAGAUUCCUGGGAGAAAGUGCAGUCGCACAGUACCAAGAGACCGACCUUCGCGGAUUCCUGGGAGAAAGGCUCCCACACCUCCAAGAGACCAACAUCUCCCGUGGAGGAUAAGAAUUCCACGGAUCCUUGGGAGAAAGGAGGAUCCCAAGGUACCAGAAAGCCUGCGUCAGAGGUUUGGGAGAAAGGAACUCAAAACACGAAGAGACCUGAUUCUCAGAAUUCCAAGAGACCUGAUUCUCAAAGCUCGAAGAGACCAGGAAACGGUAAUCAGAACACGAAGAGGCCUGGUGAGUCUCAAAGUGUUCAGAAGCCGAGGCCGGAGGACAGCCAGCAUGAAGGCACUCAGAAUAAAGGAGGCUACCAGAGUCAUCAUCAGGGAUUCAAAGACAAAAUCGACGUAGGGCACAAUACGUUGACCGUAGGACACAAUAGGUUACCCGGUAAGGAGCAAGUGUCCAGCGAGGACGAAGGCAUCAGGCCAAACAGGCCGAGCCACCAAAGGCCGUUCGGCUCGAGACCGGACGACAGCAAGACGGAAGAUACGGACUUGAGCGUGCAGGAAUCGAUGCACAGGCCGAACGUGAAUUCGGUUGAGGAGAAUGAGACCGUCAAGGAGCCCCAUCCCAGUUUGAACUUCAUUCACACAGAACGUCCGCAAUGGGCUACGAAACCCGUGACUCCGAAACCUACGACGGAGUUCUCGAAACCCUACUUUUCGGUCAAGACGACCACCUAUCGACCGACUUUGAUAAACGAACACACACAACACACACACAACACACAACACACACAACACACACAGUCAGACACCAGACCAGAUUUCGUUUCGAAGGUUGGGACUUCGAGUACGACCACUGCCAAACCGACCUACUACAGCAGUCAAUCUACCACCAGCGCAGCCGGAUCCUUGCCACAAACCUCUCACUGGCAAGUGACCACAGAGCCGGCGUUCGUCACGAAGCAGAAGCCUUCGUCGUCGACCAGGCCAAUAGGCUCGUCCCAAACGAGCAAACCCUCGUCCAGUAGUACGCAUUUCUGGUCGGAUAACAGCUGGACGCCGCCCAGGCCGUCCUUAAAACCGCACUGGACGGACAAUCCCAGCCUGAUUCAGAACGGGCCCGAAGCGUUUCCACCGCGACCGAGUUUUAAACCGACCGAACCGCAAGAGAACAUGGAGUUCCACAAGCCUCUCGGCGCGGCGCACUACAUAACUACGUCCCACUUCGAAACCUCCGCCAGGCCCAGACCCACGAAGAGGACCACGACGUCCACGACGACCACAAGUACCACGACUACGACGACGACGACUACGACGACCACUACGACCACUCCGAAGCCCGAAGCCUCGACGAUCGAGGCGACCGCGAAGACGGGCUCGGUGCUGACGGUUCCCGCUGCGGCCGAAAGUAGAGGCAUGCAGUGCGGAGUUCCACCCUUGUUCCCGAGGCCGGAGACGAGGAUCGUCGGCGGCAAGGACGCACCGUUCGGCCGAUGGCCUUGGCAAGUGUCCGUUAGGCGCACCUCGUUCUUCGGAUUUUCCAGCACUCAUCGUUGCGGCGGAGCAGUGCUCAACGAGAAUUGGAUCGCAACUGCGGGACACUGCGUGGAUGAUCUGUUGACCUCGCAGAUCAGAAUUCGAGUGGGCGAAUACGAUUUCUCCUCCGUGCAGGAACGACUGCCGUACGUGGAACGCGGCGUAGCGAAGAAGGUGGUGCAUCCCAAGUACAACUUCUUCACGUACGAAUACGACUUGGCGCUGGUCAGGCUGGAGAGCUCGUUAACGUUCGCGCCUCACAUUUCGCCGAUUUGUCUGCCGGCCACGGACGAACUGUUGGUCGGGGAGAACGCGACUGUCACCGGUUGGGGGAGACUGAGCGAGGGUGGAACUUUACCUUCGGUGUUACAGGAGGUCUCCGUGCCCAUAGUGAGUAACGAUAGGUGUAAAUCAAUGUUCCUGAAGGCCGGUCGGCACGAAUUCAUACCGGACAUCUUCCUGUGCGCCGGGUACGAAAGCGGAGGCCAAGAUUCUUGUCAGGGAGACUCGGGCGGUCCUCUUCAAGUGAGGGGUAAAGACGGUCGAUACUUCCUCGCCGGCAUCAUAUCUUGGGGGAUCGGUUGCGCGGAGGCGAAUCUGCCUGGCGUCUGCACUCGAAUCUCCAAGUUCGUCCCGUGGAUCCUGAAGAAUGUCACGUGACCCCGCGGUUCCCGGUUCACCAUUUGUCACGGUAUCCUGAUCAGCAGAUUGGCGAACUGACUCGACUGAGUCUGAAGAACGCGAAGCCCUUCCGCGCCUCUCGAACGGCAAAACGAAGAGGUCGCGUGAAUCACUGCCAAAUACUUAAGACUUGUCGGAGGAAAAAGAGGAACGCUCUUGCUCUCUGGACUCGCUUUCGAGGAACGGAGAAACAGAAUGAGAGCCAGACGCUAGAUAAUCGAGCAUAGACCCUGCGCGACUGUGCAGAGUUGUCCUCGAACGAUAUAAAGAAACUCCAGGACUGUAUUUAUAUAUAUAUAUAUUAUAUAUAUGAGUAAGAUGAUAAUAUAUUUCUCACACAUCGAACGAGCCGUUGAUCCAUUCUAUCAGCUUGUAAAUGAAUAUAGUGAAGAGGAUCGAGAGGUAACGGCUUCGAAAAGGCCACGGACUAUAAUUGAGAGGGGAAGAAACGGUUUCAACAGCUAGCCACUGUUUUAGUGUAUAGCGAAUCUUGUAAAGUGCUAAGUUCUUGCCCAUCGUAUUUAGUAAUCGAGAAGUUAAAUUAAAUUCUCACCCUACCCUAUCCUUCAUCCCUCUCUCGCCUUCCUUCUUUUAUUUACAGCGUAUGAAUUAUUAUUUUUUGUACAGACAUACAUCGUGUACUUAAAGGUAGGUGCGUGUGAACUAGGAAAGAUCUACUAAAUAUAAAUAUAUAUAUAUAUAUAUGUAAUUGUUUAUAGAUAU